AAUCAUAUUCAUUUAUAGUAAUAUAUAUAUAUAUAGCCCAAAGUGCCAAAUUAAUUUAAAUCCAUAGUCUAAAUAGAAACUAUAUAACAAAAUGUUGGGGAGUGAAAAUAUGAAGCUUCCACCUGGGUUUUACUUUUCUCCAACGGAUGAAGAACUUGUUCUUCAUUUUCUAUAUUCUAAGGCUUCUAAUUUACCAUAUCAUCCUAACAUCAUACCUCAUCUUCAUUUGUCUCAUAUUGAUCCUUGGGAACUAUACGGUAAAGCGUUAUCAAGUGGAAAUGAACACUACUUGUUCACGGAAGUAAAGGAAAGUAGAUCAAAUGAAAAUGGAUACUGGAAAGAAAUAGGGGCUACAAAAGCUAUAGUUUCAGCUGCUAAUAAUAUAUUGGGGAUGAAGAAGUAUCUUGUGUUCACUCUUAGGGAAGGAACACAAACCAAUUGGAUAAUGGAAGAGUAUCAUAUUUCUUCAUCCACAUCUCCAAUUAAUCUUGAAGAGAGUUGGAGCAAAUGGGUUUUAUGCAAAGUGUAUGAAAAGAAGAUGUCACAAAUGUCCCAACAAGUUUGUUAUAGCGAUGAGGAUGUUGACAGUGGAACAGAGGUGUCAUGGUUAGAUGAAGUUUUCAUGUCCUUAGAUGAUGAUCUUGAUGAGACAAGCCAACCUAAUUAAUUUAUUAGCUUCAAUAUUGUAUAUUAUAUCACUUUAAUAUUAAUUAGGAUCUUUGUACUUGAAGUUUUAAUUUCUGAGUUAUAAUUAUUUUGAGAACCAUAUAAUUGGAGAGUCUCUAGUACAUGCAAG